CGCGGGGUCACGUGCGACGGGGCUCAGCGGUGAUUGGGCGGAGGGUGAGGGGGCGGGGCCGCGGUGAGGCGCUGCGGCCCAGGCCCGGGAGCCCGCGGCGUCGCCAUGUCCCGGCGGCCGGGCCCGGCCGGGCCCCGCUGCUCCCCCGGCGCUCAGCCCACGCUGGUCCCCGCGGGCCUCGACCUGGACGCGGAGCGGGAGAAGAUCCGGCGGGAGAUCGAGGAGCUGGAGCGGAGCCUGGAGCCCGGCGCGACCAGCGUUGAGGUGACCGUGUCCGACUCCAGCCUCAGCUCCGAUGACGGUGAAGAUGAUGGAUCAGACUCUCAUGAUGAAAUGGAAGUGGAAGGAGAAGCUGACAGUAGUGACGAUGACCUUGAAAGCAGUCUGCCACAGGAUCCAGAAACCUGUCUGCAGAUGAACCAUGUGUACCAGGAAGUUAUCCAGGAAAAGAUUGAGGAAGUCGAGCUUCUCAUUGCUCAAAACAAAGAACAGCAGAAGGAGAUCAUGUGCGAGCUUGGUGGUCCAAAAAUGGCAAAGGCAAGAGACGGUAGAAAUCUACCAGCAAAUGUAUUUUUGGGUCACUUUAUGAAGCCAUACUUCAAGGAUAAAACAACAGGAAUUGGCCCUCCUUCCAAUGAAGAUGCCAAGGAAAAGGCAGCUCAGGGCAUAAAAUCCUUUGAACAACUCAUUUCAACAAAAUGGAAAAGCAAAGAGAAGACGUUAUUGCAGCAAUCAAUAGCAAGCGACCGCUUGCAGCGCCUGCUUCAGCCGAAGCUACUGAAGAUGAGUUACUGGAAUCAGAAACUGGAUAAAGUCAAGACUGAAAUGGAGAAACAGAUCUUGGAAAAGCAAAUCAAAGAAGUGGAGCAAGAAAUAGAGGCAAUUAACCAACUCCCAGAAAGUGAAUUGUUAGGAAACAGAUUUGAUGAGCAUGACUGGGAGAAAAUCUCAAACAUCCAUUUUGACGGACAACGUAGUUCAGAAGAACUGAGGAGGUUUUGGCAAAAUUCGGAGCAUCCAAGCAUCAACAAAAAGGAAUGGACCGAGGAGGAGAUUGAGAGGCUGAAGCAGAUCGCUGCUAAGCACGGUUAUCUGGACUGGCAGACCAUAGCCCAGGAGCUGGGGACAAACAGGACACCUUUCCAGUGCUUGCAGAAAUAUCAAGUCUAUAACAAAGAUUUGAAAAGGAAAGAGUGGACCAAAGGUGAAGAUCAGAUGCUUUUAGAGCUUGUUCAAGAGAUGAGAGUGGGAAGUCAUAUCCCGUACAAGAAAAUUGCUUAUUACAUGGAAGGAAGAGAUUCAGCUCAGCUGAUUUACCGGUGGACAAAGAGCGUGGACCCCAGUUUGAAGAAAGGACCCUGGACAUCAAGGGAAGAUGCUAUGUUGUUGGCUGCAGUUAAGAAGUAUGGAGAGCGUGACUGGUACAAAAUUCGGACAGAAGUGCCAGGGAGGAGCGAUGCUCAGUGCAGAGAUCGGUACUUAAAAGCAUUGCACUGUGAUGUCAAGAAAGGCAAGUGGAGUUUAGAGGAAGAGGGGCAGCUAAUUGAACUGGUUCAAAAGCAUGGCCUGGGUCACUGGAGUAAAAUCGCUUCUCAGUUGCCACAUCGGACUGGCUCCCAAUGUCUGAGCAAGUGGAAACUCAUGAUUGGGUCUAAGAAAAAAUCUAGGCCAACAAAACGCCGACAUGUGGAAGAGAGUUCCAGCUCUUCAGAGAGCAGCAGUGAGGACGUAGAACUGGACUUAACAGACAGUUCAGAGGAGGAGACGACGAAGGAGGAGGAAACGAAGAAGAAGGAGGAGCGUGCAAUUCCCAGCAUUGAUCUGUGGAUACCAACACAGACAAAUACACAGGAGUCAAACAAGGGAAGAUACCAAACUCCAUCCCUUUUCCCUCCUGUGAGUGAAGUUCCAAGUGCAAUAGGAGACAAGGGCAAAGUUGCCGAUAAACCGUCAGAGUUGAACACCCUCCUGAGGGGCAUCGCCCGUCCCUAUUCGACAGACGUCGUUGUGAGGAAUCCAGAAGAAAUCAUGAACAAGGCUUUCAGGUGUGGAAAGCAAGUGCUACGGGUUAGCCUGGAGAAUGUGAGAAGAGCAUUAAGAAAUAACACAUGCUUCCAGAGGAGGAUUCUGGCCAAGAUGCUAAAAUCUCCCACCGCUUUAACAAAAAAGUCUGGAGAUAGUACAUCUGGCCAGAAGGUUCAAGGGCUGCAGAACAUCACAGAGAAAACUUAUCGUCAAGAGAGAGGGCGUUUAAGAAGAUUAAACCUUGACAGAAGGCUUCUCAUGGCAGUGACACCGUGGGUGGGCGACGUACUGCUGCCGUGCACCUUCCAGACUGGGCACAUGGGUUUUCAUCAGACAAAAGCUGAGUCUAUUCAAGAGAAGAUUAAGUCGGUCAGUCUUGCAAGCACUCCCCUGUUCACGCUUUUCCUUCAGCUCUUCCAGAUCGAUACCAAUGGCUGCAUGAAGAUUAUUCGUGAGAGAAGGCAAAGGCAGGCAGAGCUGCUCAGUGCUAAUGCAGGGAGCCCCCAGCAGCCUUCCCAAAAUACGGAGACUUCUUCAGGCAAUCCAUCACAGUCGUGGACUCAGAGCAACUCCCAAAGGGGCGUCCCAAGGAACGUUGUCAGGAGACCCGUUGUCUCAAAACUGAAGGAGACCAGUGCUGCCUUGGCGAGCUGCGCUCCUGCCGCACAGGGGGCGCUUCCAGCCCAAGGGCAAAGGCAGAAGCCUAAAACUGUCUCGGAAUUACUGAGGGAGAAGCGGCUAAGAGAAUCCCAGGCUAAGAAAGCUAUGCAAAGGACAGUGUUUGUUGCCCCACAGAUGUUGGUUUCCAGACCACUGAUAAUCCAGCACCCACAACAGCAAAUUGUUCCUUCUGCGCAAGCAGGGAACAAACCUGCAGCAGCUGGUUCUACGAAUGGCCAAGUACAGUGUGCACCAGCUCCAUUGCCAGCGUUUACUUCUGUUGCGGCUUCAACUUCUACCACUAUCGUGCUUGGAAACCAUUCCUCAUCAGUGCCAGAAACUGGGGAAAGCCCUGGAUCCUCACAAGGGACAGAACUGCAAUCCAGUAAGGAACUAAAAGAGCAAGCUUUAGAAAGCAGCCCCGAGGGAGGGUUUUUUCCAGGCUUGAAUCCAGCUGCAGCAGAGAAGGCCCCAGAUCCGGGAGGGAGCAAUGGUCAGGUCCUGGCUGGUAGCUCAGCUUCAGUAGUGUUGCAAAAGCAAGUUUUUGUGCCACAUCAGAUUACAGUGGUGCCUGUUGGCAUUGAGUCUGGCGCCAGCAAUUUGUCUCUUUCCACACCAGUUGCCUGUGAGCUGAACAGUGAUGGGCCCCAGCAGAGGCCAGUCAGUCUCUUGCCUGCUCUUGUAACUCAGCAAACUGCUUCGCAUUUGCUUCCCAAGAGCAUCCUGCCGUUCACAUGGGUUGUGACGCCACAGGCUUUGCUCCCCACCGCUGUACAAACCGUGGUGAGUGUUCCCCAAGGACUGCCAGCUCCUGCUGUAACAAAUCAGGGUCAGACAACUGUGACUUCCAGCAGCAACGGCUCUGUCUCAGGGGUGCCUCCUGUACCAGCGGCAGCUAACACGCCUCAGCCCAGCAGUGCAGAGACAAAAGCACCGAGUGCCCGGUUAGCCGGAGAAGCACCUUUGGGCAAGACAGCCAACCAUUCCACCGUUGUACCCGUGACCGCGGAGAGUGCUGGAUGCACCACAUCCAGCGUUUCUUCUGCAACACCUGCAUGUUCAGAUGGCUCCUCCAAGGCUUCUGACUCCUCCCCGGCUCAGACUGCUCUUCCAGCUGGUGCUCCAGCCCUGCGUGCUGUGCUGCUGCCUCAAACACAGCCGCCUGCAAACACUCAAGGGCCUGAUUCCCAACCUGUGUCGAGUCUUUCUAGCUCGGGAAAGAGCCAUGACUCCAUUACAACAAAUGGAUCAUCUUCCAGUCCAAAUGUCAUCCCAAAAGGGCUUGUGCUCCCGACGGGAAAUCCAGUUCCUUGUAACGAUAUUCCAGGAAACACUGGUGGUUUUGCUGCACAAGCACUGAAAAAUACACCUGUUGCCUCCGAACCACCCGCUACACAGGCAGCUGACACCCCACCCCAGCCAACCACGUCCAGUGCGGAAAAGAACCUGCUUGACUUCAGCCUGAUUUCCCUCGAAGAUGAGGGGGUGGUGAAGGAGUGGCUGAGUGGGAAACGAGGUGUCCAGGUGCCGUCCCUGCAAACCAGGUUGCCUUAUUUGCCACCUUUUCUGUGCAACUUAAAAACCCUCUCCAGGCUACUUCUGCAGAAAGCAGCUCUAGAAGAGCAAGCCGCCUCUCUUCUGCCUUCUGAUACUGGUCAGGAUGGGGGCACUGGGGUAGAUUUGGAUGCUAUCGGAGAACUGGUGCAGCGGGAACUUGGUGAUAACCCUGCCUACCUCCUGCUGAAAGCCAGAUUCCUGGCAGCCUUUACGCUCCCAGCUGUACUGGCAACUCUGCCUCCUCCAAAAGUGAUAACAACUCUGUCAGGCAGCAGGAAGCAAUAUGAAGAGAGUGAUGAAGAGGAGUGGCAGAGUGAGAAGGAAGCGUCUGAGGAAGAAAGCUGUGGGAAUGAGUUAACAGGUGUGCGGCUGGAUGGGACGGUUGCUGAUGAGCCUGGAGACAAAGAUGCUGAUGCACUAAAUCAGGACGCGGGAGCUGGAGGGAUUGCUGCACAAUCUGUCUGGGACUCCGGCACCGAUGUGGCUGAUGCUCCUCAAAUCAGGAGAAGCACCCGCUUCAGGAAAAGGAGGAGGAUAUGAGAAGGAAAUGUGUUAGUAGCUACUCUGAGCCGUGUGAACAGUCUGCCUCCCUACCCGGCAGCAGGAGAUACUCUUUGCACUAUUCACUUGGAACGCUUUCCAACAGACUAGAGGGACCCGGGGAAGAGGAGGACGGCUGGACUGGUUUGCCCAUCGCCCAACAAAGUCUGCGUCUUUAGACAAGUUGCAAAACACGGAGCAAAGUGGCUGGAGGGAAGUCUUCCAGGCACAGACCAAUUCUGUUCUCUUUCCAACUAGCACCUGGCAUAGAUGCUUGCGGGGAAGAUUGCUGGAGAUCUGGGGGAACCAGCAAUGGUGGUUAUUUAUUUCCUUUUUGUGCUAGCCCCUGUUUAUGUGAAUGCUUAUCCAUGUUCACAAUACAUUGUUCAUUGAGCAGCUUUUUAGUGCUGUGACAGUGCUUUGGCUUGAUAGCUGAAUGACUGAAUGCCGCUGGAUAAGCAGCAGAUUAAUUUUGUAUCAAAAUGAGUCUUGAGUGUUUGUUGAAAUACAGAUGUUUUAUUUUUCUCACUUAAAAAUUA